UCUACACAAACAAAAAUUACAAACAAUCAACACUUUAUGCGUUCUCCACUUCUCCUAUAUAUAUAUAUAUCCAUUCACAGCCUCUAACAUUUCUGAUAAACUUCUUCCUUCUCUCAGAAUCUCUUGGUUUCAUUCGUUUAUAUCCAGUCGCAUAUCAUUCUGAAGAAAAUAAGUGUUGUUAAGAAUGGCUUCAAGCGACGAUCUUGAAUUUUCGUUUUUGGAUUUACCAGAAACUUUUGGUGCUCUUACGGAGUAUGUGGGAAAUGCUUCGUUGCUGGUUUCAGAAAAUGAACAAAAUGACUUUGUUGGAUACAUCCCUGUCUCUGCCACCACAAGUAAUGUUUAUCCUGCACCACUAAUAGAGAAUUCAAACACUGAUCAAGAGAUCGAGACAUUGACAAGAACUUCAAGCUUUGAUCAAGAGACAGCCAUAGUAGCACACAAUCAAAGCUUUCAUCAGGAGGACGAUUAUGCUAAGUAUUUCAACACCGCCGAAAACUUUAAUGACAUAUCGCCGAGUGUCUUUAGCAAUGGCCAAAGAGAAAAUGUGUACAGUGGAAAUUGUGUCCUAACCUCGAGCAAUCAAAUGAUGACCACUGGACAACAUGGACCUCUAGAGCAAAGUUAUCAACAACCUUUAUUGUCUCAAACAUUUCCCGAUUUCUCUAACGAGCCAUAUGUUUCAACACUGGUAAGGAGUAAUAUACAAGAAAUGGAGAGAGCUAAUGGACCUACAAAUCUCAAUCUAAUCCAGCAUGGCCUUCAAGAUCAUCACUUCCAUCCUUCUUUGUAUCAGGAGGAACAAUAUAAUCACACUGACUUACUACUUGAACAACUCGUGCGAAUUCAUGAAACUGAACAUCAAAUGCAACUACCAAAAUUCUCUAACAUGUCUACCCCAACAUCAGUAGGGACAUUGCUAAACAAUCAAGGCCUAAUUCCUUUUGCCUCGACUCCAAAUACUAUACCGAAUCCAGAGUAUCGUACUCCCAUGAUUUCUAACAAUCUGACACUAAAUAACUCAGGAAACUACUCACCAUUUACGCAAAGGUCAUAUGAGCCUGACUCAUUUGCUUAUGCCUUCCAGAAAUCAAGCUCGUUAAACCCUACUCGUCGCCCCCGUGGAAGGCCCAGGAGAUUUCAAAGUGUUAUGCCUUCAAGUUUGUCUAUUACUACACCAAAUAACAUGUCUUUGGUACCUGCAACUCAAACCCUAUUAACCCCUCCCAGGCCUUAUGCCCAAGAUAAGGGAAAACAACAUGUUACAGCAAUGCCGUCUUUGAACCCAACUCUCUACAAUCAGUAUCAAAAUUCAUACCCAAACUCAAUGAUCCAACAGAGUGGAGGUUUAAGACAACGCAGUUGUUAUGAUCAAUGUGAAAAUGAAGGUUCUUCGUCUAAAAUAAGGAGAGUCAUGUUACCGUUUCAAGAAAAUAGUAUAGCAGAUUCAUCGAGUGUAUCUCUUUGGCAAGAUGGAAAUAGGCGUUCAAGUGCGGCCAAUCACCAUGAAGAAAGGUUAAAAAAUGCAGUAUACGAUCCAUUUUAUGCAGGUGUUGGAUUACCCAUUGAUCCUCAUUUGAGGUUCUUUUGAUUAAAUAUAUUGAAAUGGACGGCGUAACUUGCACUUGCAUGUUUGAAGAAUCAGUGUGGUGUAUUGAUGGGAAAAAAUAUUUGAGACUCAUCAGACUCUAAAAUCUAAAUCAUAUAAGCAGUUAUGGGUCUAUGUACAUCACAUAUGCGUUGUGUAUUUUUGCAUGUGACAAAGAUUUUCAGUCCAUCAGUUUGUACUUGUGA